UCGCGACGAGGCCGCCCUGACAACAGAGACACCUACCCUUUAACACGGGUCGGGCAACCGUUUAAAAAGCACAAGCCUUUGUUUUAAUUGUAGCCGACUAUCCAAUCUCGCCUGGGUUUUUAUUUAAUAUCCGCUGUAUAGUUCUUACCAUGGCAGCGAGUGCGAAACGAAAGCAGGAGGAGAAACACCUGAAGAUGCUGAGAGAAAUGACGAGUUUGCCUCCCAACAGAAAGUGCUUUGACUGCGACCAGCGCGGCCCAACCUAUGCCAACAUGACUGUGGGCUCCUUCGUCUGCACCUCCUGCUCUGGCAUCCUACGAGGAUUGAAUCCACCCCACAGAGUCAAGUCCAUCUCCAUGACAACCUUCACACAACAGGAAAUCGAGGUUCUACAAAAACAUGGCAAUGAGGUAUGUAAACAGAUCUGGCUUGGCCUUUAUGAUGACAAAACCUCCUCAGUACCAGACUUCAGAGAACCACAAAAAGUUAAGGAGUUCCUUCAAGAUAAAUAUGAGAAGAAGAAAUGGUAUGUACCUCCUGAGCAGGCCAAGGUGGUGGCUUCAGUCCAUGCUUCCGUCUCCGGCUCUUCAAACAGCAGCACCAGCAGCACCCCAGAAGUUAGACCACUAAAAUCCCUGCUGGGGGAGUCAGCCCCCUCUUUACACCUCAACAAGAACACUCCACCUAAUCAGUCUCCAGUGGUAAGCCGUGGACAUACCCACCAGCAGCAGCCCCAUGACAAGAAGUUUGACCUCCUGAGUGACUUGGGUGGAGACAUCUUUGCUGCCCCGCCCAACAUGAAUGCAGGCGCCAGCUCCGGUUUUGCUAACUUUGCACAUUUCAACAGCCACACAACGGCACAGAAUGCCAACGCAAAUGCAGACUUUGCUAAUUUUGAUGCAUUCAGGAGCACUUCUGGGUCAACGAGUGGUUUCCCUUCUGCACCCCAAGCCCCAUUCCAACCAUCAAAUACAGCAUUCACUGUGCUCUCAUCCAGUCGCAGUAUGGGUGAGUUUGCCACUGCUCUGCCUCUCCAGGGUGCACACAGUAGCGCCUCAGGGGGACUAGCUAAUGCCAGUUUUGCAAAUUUUGACAACUUCCCCAAAUCGUGUAGUGCUGACUUUGGAUCCUUCAGUUCCUCCUCCCAGAGUAACUCCACAGGAGCUGGCAGAGAUGCUGUACAGAGUACUAGUGUCCAUGCCGAUAGAUACGCAGCCUUCGCUGACCUGGAUAACAUGUUUAGCUCUGCCACAACAGAGCAAGGAGGUGGUACUCCUGGCGGGGUGAGCUCAGCCACAGCGACAGCAGGAGUGGGUAGUUUGCCUCAGAACCUGGCAUCAGGGCAGGACCGCUAUGCUGCUUUAGCCGAGCUUGAUACAGUCUUCAGUCCCUCUGCCCCUGCCACAAGUGUUUACAACACCACCAGCACCUCACAAGUAGGUAUGUUUGGCCCAGAGACUGGGGUGUCAUCAGCCCAAGGACAGCAGGCCCAUCCUGGCAGGGCUCAAGGUUUUGGAGCUCAGUCAACUAAUCCGUUUGUAGCGGCUGGUGUUGUCCCAGCAGCAGCGCCCACCAACCCAUUCCAGAGCAAUGGCAGAACAGCAAAUGCGGCGGCAGCAGCCACAUUUGGCACAGGCUCCAUGAGUAUGCCAGCUGGAUUUGGGAAUGCUGCCGCCUACAACCUUCCCACCAGUUUUAGUGGAACCUUCCAGCAACCCUUUCCUGGCCAGCCUCCCUUCCCUCAGCCACCAGCAUAUCCCCAGCAACCCAACGGUGGAGGAUUUUCAGCCUUUGGCCAGGCAAAGGCUGUUGUGACUCCUUUUGGACAGGCGAUGGCUGGACCUAUGGUCUCCAGCAACCCUUUCCUGGGUGCAGCUCCACCUGCACAGUAUCCAGCGGGGGGCUCAACAAACCCUUUCUUAUAGCGAUCCAUCCAAUCAGCUCUACUACAGGGUCAACAACUUGCGUGCUUGCACCUAUUGCACUGUUUUGUUUCACAAGUAGCUUUAAAAACACAAUGUUUGUAAGGAUUUGUAUUUUCUAUCGCAGUUUGUCACAAAUGGAACAAUAUGACAGACAUUCAUGCUGACACAGUCUAUGGCAACAAAACAAAGUGAUGGUGUGUGCAGAGGGAGAGGUUGAUCCCCUCUUCUCUAUUUAACCUGUGAACUGGCCUGGCCUCUACUGAGCCACAAUGUAUAAUCAAACUGGCUGAAAACUUAAGUUAUUGCAAACAGUAUAUUUCAUUCAUAAUGCUGCAAUUCUGUACAUAUUUUUCUUUUAUGACAUUAGCUCUUUGUGCAUAUCAGUAUUUGUAUCUAACACACAAGAUUUGUUAAGUCAGAACUAUUGCUUGGAAAAGCUAAUGGGUACUGCCAGUUACUGUAUGUGUCAAGAACCAAACUGUUUAUUUGUGCAGGAUAAUUUUAGGUAAACUGUUCUCACUAAAGACAAGAAUGCAUGCUUUGUUGGCAAAAGAUGAAAGAAUAUGUGAAUGCUGCAUCAAGGACAGGCAGGGGACUCCUUAUUCUGCCAUCCUCCACCCUUCUAACAGGGGCCUGAGUCACAAUGCUUCUGAACUUCAUCCACAACCAUGUGGGUAACAGGAAUGACUGAUGAACUGAAAACCACUUACAUUGGGUAUUAAGAGAAUUUUAAUUUAAUGUGUAAAUAUAUACAGUAUAUAUAUUAAAAUGAAUUUUAAGUAAGAAGAAAUGACCAAACCAUUCAUUUAUACUGAUGUAUGCAAAUCUUGUAUAUUUGCGGGGA